CGGAGAAAGCCCCAUUCUCCUCCUCCCUUCAGGCCCCGCCCAUAGCCCCACUUUAAAAGGCUUCCCGCCAGGCGUGUCUUUGCGAUAGCAUCUUUUCUUGAACGCGGGCCGGGGAGGUGACACUGCACAAUGGAAACAUUGGCUAUGGUGGCAGAUUCCUCCACGGAGGUCACCUCGAAACCUUCCCUUCUGGAAUCGAGUGAAGCUUCCCUCAGUGACGUAUCGCUGACCACUUCACCCAGUGUCGAAAACCAGCACACUGAGACAGCAGAAGAAAGUGAAGAGCCUGCAGAGAUGUUCCGUUCCAAAGCACCUACUACCUCGGGGCUGUGGACCACCAAGCGAGAUGGGGAAGUCAAGCUGAGGAUAGAGGAGAGUGGCAUUGGUGCCGAGAGCCCCAUGACGGUUCACGAGCUCUUCGAAGAGUCUGUCAAGAAAUAUGGUGAUUUUGCUGCACUGGCAACCAAGCAACAAGGCAACUGGACCAAGAUAACUUACAAGGAAUACUAUGACCUGUGUCGGACAGCAGCCAAAGGCUUCAUAAAGCUGGGGCUGGAGCGUUUCCGUGGAGUCUGCAUUCUGGGAUUCAACUCGGUGGAGUGGUUCCUGGCUGACAUCGGGGCAAUUCUGGCUGGAGGUUUUGCUGUUGGGAUCUACACCACCAACUCUCCAGAUGCCUGCCACUACAUUGCAGACAACUGUGGGGCCAACAUCAUAGUGGUAGAGAACAACAAGCAGCUCCAGAAAAUCCUGGAGGUGAAGAACAAACUUCCUGCUGUAAAAGCCAUCAUCCAGUAUGCUGAAGAAAUCAAAGAGGAAAUGCCAAAUCUCUACAGUUGGAAUGACUUCAUGGCCCUCGGCAGCAGCAUCCCCGAUGAACAACUAGACAAGAUCAUCGGCGCCCAGAAGCCAAACCAGUGCUGCACUCUGAUCUACACCUCGGGCACAACCGGGCAGCCCAAGGGAGUCAUGCUGAGUCACGACAACAUCACCUGGACAGCCAAGGCAGCAGGGCACUACGUGGGUCUAUCCGAGCCUCCUGAGCGCCAGGAGCUGGUGGUCAGCUACCUUCCACUCAGCCACAUUGCAGCCCAGAUGAUUGACAUCUGGUUACCCCUCUCAUUUGGAGCCCAGACAUCCUUUGCUCAGCCAGACGCUCUGAAGGGAACUCUGGUGGAAACGCUAAAGGAAGUGAGGCCCACGGCGUUCAUGGGAGUCCCUCGCGUCUGGGAGAAGAUGCAAGAGAAGAUGAUGUCUGUCGGGGCCAAGUCCUCAGCACUGAAGAAGAAAAUCGCAUUGUGGGCCAAGAUGGUUGGGUUGGAGACCAACCUUAAGCGGAUGAAAGGGUCUACAGAGAACCCCAUCAACUACCGCCUGGCCAAGUCGCUGGUCUACAAGAAAGUUCGGAAGGCCCUAGGCUUGGACCGCUGCACCAAAUGCUACACAGGGGCUGCCCCCAUCACCAAGGAGACCUUGGAGUACUUCCUGAGCCUCGACAUAACUGUUUACGAGCUCUACGGCAUGAGCGAGAGCACAGGGCCCCACACGGUCUCGCUCUCCGGGACGUACAGAAUUACGAGUUGUGGGAAAGAGAUCACAGGCUGCAAGACCAUGGUUCUCAAGCCAGACAGUGACAACAUCGGUGAAAUCUGCUUUGGAGGGCGGCACAUCUUUAUGGGUUAUCUGAACAUGGAAGACAAAACGAAAGAGGCGAUUGAUGACGAGGGCUGGCUCCACUCGGGUGACCUCGGGAAGCACGACGCAGACGGCUUUCUCUAUAUCACGGGGAGGAUCAAAGAGCUUAUCAUCACUGCAGGCGGAGAGAACAUCCCACCGGUUCCUAUUGAAGAUGCUAUUAAAGAGGCUGUUCCCAUCCUUAGCAACGUCAUGUUGGUGGGUGACAAGGCCAAAUAUCUCAGUAUGCUCAUGACUCUGAAGUGCAAAGUUGACUUUGAAACGGGGAUUCCCGAUGACGAACUCACUCCGGAAGUGGUCGCCUUUUGCCGUAAACUGGGUAGCCCAGCCACGAAGGUCUCGGAUAUCGUAGGAGGCAAAGACCCAGCUGUGUAUACAGCCAUCCAGAAGGGGGUCACGUUGGUCAACGACCAAGCCACCUCAAAUGCACAGAAGGUUCAGAAGUGGGUCCUUCUUGAGAAGGACUUCUCCAUCGCUGGCGGGGAACUAGGCCCCACAAUGAAACUGAAAAGGCCCGUGGUGGUCAAGAUGUACAAACAGCAAAUAGACCAGCUUUAUGCAGAACCAACAAGCACCACAUAGCCCUCCAAAUGGACACACUUCUCCAGCCUGCCUCUCAGACCCAUCUUUGCUUUCCUCUGCUGUCCUCUGUAAAUGUGACCCUGUGUUGCAUGGACUCUCUCCUCCUGAAAAGAGAGAAACACCAUCUUUUCUUGAUAAACAAGGUUUCAAUAAAGGCACCUCCCUGAACUCCCUUCACACUCCCUGAACUUGGCCUUUUUUCCAACCCACCCCCGAGUGUCUGGUUCCAAAACUUAAAUGGCACUAACUGCAGUUUCUGGGUUCAUUCUGAUAACCCAUCGGGGGCACCUGGAUGUGUUUCUAAAAUGGCACGACAGCUCUGCAGUUCUAGGUGGCUGGCUGAAGAUGGCACAAGAUGGCACCAAGAAUCUCUUCCACCAAAGUCGGGGUCUUUCCUAGCCCAUCUGAAAUGAAUGUACAGAGAACCCAAUUCUCUUCCCAGAAUUAAGGGUCUUCUGCGAUGCUUUUACUCUCUCUGUGUGUGUGUGUGUGUGUGUGUGUGUGUGUGUGUGUGUAACUUGUCAGGGUGUACAGACUAUACAGAAUUUCUCUCGGGGCAGGGCACCUUUCCCAUCCACCCCACCCCCCCAGCAAUCCAAUGAGAUGAUUACCAUGAAGGUAAUUCCCUGGGCUGGGACAACUCGUGAAUGAGCAUCACUUGCCCUGUGCAAUAUUGUGUAGCUUUUUAUUCAGAGGAGCAGACUGGCCUUCCUGGAACUUUGAAGUCGUCAUAAAUGGGUGGUUAUUGUCCACUCCAUGCAUAUGUGGUAGAGUAUUUGGCAUAAACUUGUGCACUAGCUGAAAUCCUCACUUUAGCCUGGGCAUCUGGCUACAGAACUCUUGAUUUUUUAGAUAGACUUGUGUAUGUGUGUCGGUACUACAGUUCUUACGGUGGGGGGCGGGGGAUUGAGAAGACCGCAUACUCUUCUGGGACCAUUUGAGCAAGUUCACUGGUGGAAAAUUGGAGGCUGUUCCUGGCAGCCCUUUCUGACACUCAGUCUAAAAAGCUGCAUGUAUGCUGGUGUAGUAAACAACUCAGGAACAUAGAUGGGGGUGCGGGUGAGAAUAGGUGAGUGUUGUGUACUUCUAAGGAAGCUAGUUAUUUCUGUGUCUGCAAGGGCUCGGCCUGCGUUUGUGCUGUGAGACUUAUCUGCGCCCUGCACUGGUGUCCUUAUUUGUAUGGAUCAAAUGAUUAUCAGCCUAGAGGAUCCUAGAAUGUAUACUGUGGAGUUCAGAAAUUGCAUAGAUAGCUUAAUUCUAUCAUGUUGAGGUGGAUUGCGUCAUACAGGGGGGAGGAGGGAAACCACAAUCUCCCCAGAAAAGAGGGAAUCUGGAAUGUACUAGCUAUGAAUGCAAUAAUUGUGGAUGGGGAAAUUUGUCCAAACUGUCUCAAAUAUGGGGUUAAAUGCUUAAUGCAGCUGAAAAAUAGUGUGAAGAAUGUUGCCAGUUAUGUUUAACCAAAAAAAAGAGCUCUGGAAAUCAUGUCUGUGGGACAAUGUUAAUAUCCCCUAUCUCAUUUGGAAUGAGUGUGUAAUAAAUUAUCUGAAUGGC